AUGGCACCUCCGAGCGGCGCGGCCUCAUACAAGAAGAAGGACGGCACCCUGACUCUGGCCAAGGAUGAGCAGACGCUCACCUGGAACCCGGCCGCUGCUGGGCCUGCGGGUCUGAAUAUUGCCGUUUCUACCAUUACCAACCUGCAACAAACCCCCGCAACGAACCCCAAGGUCAUGCUCAAGGUCUUCGCCCUCGCCCCUAAUGCCCCGCCGAAUACCACACCAGAACAAUAUGUGUUCUUGUUCACGGCAGGGCCGGACGCCGCCCGCCCGCAGGCCGACGCUAUCAAGAACGCACUCAGCGCCCGAAUGAACACAGGGAAGACAGGCACGCCCGCGCAAACACCAACCCCCGGUGCAGCCGGUGGAGGAGGUAUGUCUGCGGCGAUGGCGAUUGCCAAUGCCAUUACGUCCGCCGGGACAUCGAAGAACCCGUGGGACGAUGAUAAUAAGCUCAAGGGCGAUGUGGAACUGCAACAGUCACUACUGAAGGCCGACCCCACCCUGCAGCGGAUGUUCAUGGAGUCGAUACAUACCAAGCCCGAUAGCUUGACCUCGGCACAGUUCAUGUCCCAGUUUUGGUCGACGCGGUUGCAUCUUCUGCGGGCGCAUGCGAUUGAGCGGGCGCAGACUCGUGGCUCGUAUAACGUGCUGUCGUCGCUGAAACCGCGCGUGGAGGAAAAUGUGACCAGGCUGAAUAUAAGCAAGGAGCAGAUCUCGCUGAUCUUCUCACAGCAUCCGCUUGUUAAACGGGUGUAUGAUGAGAAUGUUCCCAAACUGAGCGAGCAGCAGUUCUGGUCGCGAUUCUUCCAAAGUCGACUGUUUAAGAAGCUGCGCGGAGAACGUAUCUCGGACUCGGAUGCUACGGAUGCUGUUCUGGACAAGUAUCUACGAGAAGAGAAUGCAGAGGCUAACCGUGAGGCGUUCGUCCCACACUUUAUGGAUUUGGCUGGAAACGAAGUCCAUCACAGCCAGCGUCGUGGAAAUAGGCCGGAUCUGGAUAUGCGGCCAUCAGGUGCAGAUAAAGUGCCUAUUAUUCGGACGCUGAACAAUCUUAGUGAGAAGAUCAUGGCCAACGUUGCACCGGCAGAUGGCGAUGUGACAGCUCCUAUCGGUAUGGACGAGGAGACUUGGCAGGAGAUGCAGUUACGAGAUCUCCAAGGGGACGAGGAGCAGGCUCAUGUCACCCUUAAUAUCCGCGAUCAGAACCGCUUCUUCUCGCAAACUCAAGAGGACGAGCAGACCCGGGCAUUUGCCCAGCAAGACCCGGACCAAGUCUUGAAAACUCUCCGGUCCGAGAUUGCACAGAACCUGCCGCUCGGUGGUAAUGCACCACUCCAGAAGCUUGUUGAUCCGGGCGAUGACGAGGACGAAGAGAUGGAAGAUGCACCCGCCAGCAAGCGCCCCGUCGGGUCAGCGGCAGCCCUUCAUGAUGCAUUUUCACAGAUUCUCGGUGCGGUCCGCGAACAGCGCGACCAGAUGAACGAAGGAUCUACAUCAGAUACCUACGGGCUUUCCCCGGGACUUUACGAUCGGUUGACCCUUACCCACGCAACCUCAACCGAGUUCCUCAACCAAUUCUGGCAAGCCUUCCUCUCUGGCAAUCCCGAGCGAGCCAGCGAAGUCCAGUCCCUCUCAGAAUCGCUGGCUCGCGCCAUAGAGCGCAUCAAGGCUGUCGCCAACGAUGCGGAAGCCGAACGCCAGGUUGAGGUUGACCGACGGAAAGUCGCGGCGCGCGAAUACUUUGAACGCACCAAGCGCAAGCCCCGACUGAAUCUGGAUGAUAUCGAGGGUGGCCAGAAAGUGGUCAAUCAGCUGCUAGGGCCUACAUCACACGCCUUGCAGCUAGCAUUGACCCGAUAUAAGACUACGCUGGAAGCGGAAAAGGCAGAGGCGGCUAGAGAAGCAGCCUUGCUGGCUGUGUAG